GGGCCGGGGCUGCCGCCCGGGCAGGUCCAGGGGGCUCAGUCUGGCAGAGCGUGGGGCCGAGGGAGCUGCCGUAAGCAGAGACGUGGCGGCCAGACGGGCUAAGUGCUGGUUUGCGUAAUUAGAAGGCGCGUAAUUAGAAGGCGUCAGGGGCGCGUGUCUGUGAAUAUGCCUGAGUGGGCCUGGAGUCUGGAUCUUUGGACCCCGUUUUCCUUCUGGAAUUCUUGAGCUCAUAGCUCCCUGUCUGUCUGGGGGUGAGCAGCUGUACGGCCCCUCCCCGUGGGCUCAGUCAUCCAGCAGGUGCCAGGCAUGGCCAGGGUGGGACGGGGCCUCUCUGUGGCUCUUGUGGCUCUUGUGCCUCUUACUUGCCACCCCUGUCCCAGCCCUCUGGGCCCACCCCAGGGACGUGGAGGGGUGCUGGCUCUGGGGACUGGCAGGCCUGCAGGGCCAGCCUGAGGCCUUAGGCCUGGCUGUCCGGUCUGUGGUUUAGACCUAUGAAGAACGAAGGAGGAGGGCGCGGGGAGAGGAGCUUGAGCUGGGCUGGGCGGGGGAAGGGACACUUGUGACCAUGUUGGAGGAGGAACUGGUGGAGGAUGGGGCUGGGGGGUGCCACCUGUUGGGUGCUAACUGUCAGGGUGUGGCCUUCACUCUGCUCUGUGGCUGGACCUCCUGUCCUGGCUUUUCCGCUGAGCUGGCCUUGGGCCGAGAGCCACUGCUGGAGAUCUGGAGAGUCCCGAGGGUGGUGUGACCGAUCCCUCUCCCUCCCCCGUGGUGUAACUCAAACCCCUGGCCGCUGAGGUCUGCACCAGGCCAGGCUGCCCGGCGCGGGCAGAUCAGUUUCCUCCGGCUCCUUUCCAGGUGGGAAGUUCAGGCCUCCUGGAGGCCGAGGGCUCUAGCAACCAGGGCUGCACUGCAGGCACUGCUUCUCGGCCGGGCUUGGCACCAGGUGGCUCGGGGCUCCAGGUGGGGCCCCCUCCACCUGCUGGGCUUGCUUCCCCCUUGGGGGUCAGAGGCUGUCUGUGGCCUGUCCCCAAGGCCCCACGAGGGUGAGGCUUCCCUCACCCUCCUGAGCCUGGAGCCAGGCCUCUUGGGAAGAUGUCUCCCUUAUUCUGCCUCUGCCCCUCCUGUCAUCUCAUCCGAAUCCUUCUUACGCCUCCAUCCUGUCUGCUGGCCGGAGACCUUUCUCCAGAGGGGGCCACACUCCUGGGCCUGGGGGCUCAGCCAGGCCCCCCCCCCGCCAGUGCCUUAUUUAGGUUCAGGGCACUUCGCUCCAGCGGGCACGGGGACCCUCAAGCUUAUCUGCUGGUUGUUGGGCCCCCUGGGACACGAGCGCCUCAAGGAAGGGACGGUGUCUGAUUGUUUAUCGCCUUUUAUGUGCUGAGGGCAGUGCCCGGUGCCUGAGAGGGGACAGAAGGUGCUGUGACACCCCCACCCACCCCCAGAGGUCUACUUACAGCCCAAGAGAUGCGGUCAGGCACACCACAGACCUCUGGGAAGCCUGCUGUGGACAUGGGACACCUGGGAGCACCAGGACUGAGGGCAUCGGGGGAGCUUUGGGUGCCAGACCCCGCUCUGGGGACACGGGAGUCCAGAGGAGUUUCCAGAAAGAGGCCUUGGUGUGGGGCUUGAAGUUGUGAGACAGAAGGCCUUCCUGGGAGCAGAAGCAGCAGGAGCCAAGGCAGGGAAGCAGCAGGGGCGGCCAGGCGCGUGGCCCCAAGUUCUGAGAGGCAGGAGCCUGAGAGCUGGGGUGAGAGCAGAGAGGCUGGGCUGGGGCACUGCCAGCCUCCCUCCCGCUCCGGGCCGAAGCUGUAGGCUUCCUUCCUCCCAUGCUCCCCCGCCUGGGCCCUCGGGCAGCAGGCUGUUUAUGGAAGAGGCAGGAAGCCCUUCCUCCUCUGGGAAGCCCCCCAGGCCUGUGCUGCCCUGGGAGGCUGGCCCCAGACAGGGCGCCCCCUCCUCUGCGCAGGGCUGCAGGGGCUGGAGUGGUGAAUGUGCCUGGAGCGCGGCAGCACCUGCCCAGCAACGCCUUUCCACUGUCCUGUCCAGCCCUGUCUUGGAAGCAGCGCUGGGAGGACGGCAGCUGUCCAUCUGUCCUUCUCCGGCUGAGCCUCCCCUCCAUCUGCCCCAGGCGGGCAGGGCCUGAGGAUGAAGCUGAGCCCCUGGCACUGGCCUCUGUCCUGCCUCCUUGUGCGUGUCCUGCCCUGUUCUUCCAGCUGCUGCCCUGGCCUCUGGCCACUCCAACGUCAACACCCCCCUGGCAGUGCCCACCCGGGGAGGAGCCCAAGCUGGACCCAGGGCAGGGCACAUUCUGCAGGUCCUGCUCCCCAGGUACCUUCUCAGCCUCCUGGGGCUCUAGCCCGUGCCAGCCCCACGCCCGCUGCAGCCCUCGAGGGAGGUUGGAGGCCCAGGCGGGCACGGCCACUCGGGACACACUAUGUGGAAAUUGCCAGCCUGGGUGGUUUGCCCCUUCCCAGGUCCCGGGUGUUCCCUGUCAGCCAUGCUCCUGGGCGCCUCUGGGUCCUCGGGGCUGUUAUGAGCGUGGGCAGCGCACCCGACGUGGCGUGGAGGUGGCAGCGGGGGCCAGCGGUGCAGGGGAGACGCGGCAGCCCGGGAACGGCACUCGGGCCAGCAGUGCCGAGGAGACGGCGGCCCAGUACGCGGUCAUUGCCAUCGUGCCCGUCUUCUGCCUCAUGGGGCUGCUGGGCAUCCUGGUGUGUAACCUGCUCAAGCGGAAGGGCUACCACUGCACCGCCCACAAGGAGGUGGAGCCUGGCCCCGGAGGCGGUGGAGGCAGCGGGAUCAACCCUGCCUACCGGGCCGAGGAUGCCAACGAGGACACCAUCGGGGUCCUGGUGCGCCUGAUCACAGAGAAGAAAGAGAACGCGGCGGCCCUGGAGGAGCUGCUGAAGGAGUAUCACUGCAAGCAGCUGGUGCAGACCAGCCACGGGCCUCUGCCCAGACCGGCUCCCCGCCCAGCCAGCAUGCCGCACAUCUGCUCAUACCGCCACCACCUCCACACGGUUCAGGGGCUGGCCUCGCAGCCCGGCUCCUGCUGCUCCCGCUGUAGUCAGAAGAAGUGGCCUGAGGUGCUGCUGUCCCCGGAGGCCGCAGCUGCCACUACUCCUGCUCCCAGGCUCCUGCCCAACCCAACCAGGGCGGCCAAGGCAGGACGCCAGGGCGAGGUCACCAUCUUGUCUGUGGGCAGGUUCCGAGUGGCUCGAAUUCCUGAGCAGCGGACGAGUUCCGGGGCCUCGGAGGUGAGGACUGUCACAGAGGGCGCGCCCUCGGGGGCCGAGCUCCCCGACUCCCCCCAGCCUGGCCUCCCCAGUGAGCAGCGAGCACUGCUGGCGGGUGGUGGAAGCCACGCCAGGUGGCUGCAGCCGCCAGCAGAGAACAAGGCCGAGGAGAACCGCUAUGUGGUCCGGCUAAGCGAGAGCACCCUGGUCAUCUGAGGGGCCGACCCAUCCGAGGACAUUGCAGCCCUGCCUUGGAAGGCUCUGAGGGCUUCCUGGAGGAGGCAGAACUGCAGCUGGGCCGGGGACACGCAAGAAGCAAUGGCCCAGCAGACGCAAGAGCCGAGCCCAGGCCUAGAGGUGGGCGCGUCCACCCCAGUGGGCAGGCGGGCGGCGCCGUGUGCAGGAGCAGGUUGAGCCCCUCCCUGUCCCUGCCGCCCAUUUCUUCCCUGCAGGCUGUCCCUGACCCCGUGCCCAGCCCUGGCCAGAUCCCAGGGGCCCACAGCAUCCGCUGCCCCGCCAGGUGGGGGAGGGGCCCUCUCCCUGGCACCCUGGCCCUGACCUUGGUAAUUGGCACCCUUGCCCCUGUAGACGGCCCCUCCCUCCUCUGCUGACAGGUCCUGCAAAGGGAGGGGUUGAUAAAAAGCCAUGGGUUUAAUCCCGGGCCCGUCCCUGGCCAUUCCCGGGUCCCAACCUUUCUGACUGUGAAGCGGGGACAGUGACGUCUCCGUCCUCAGGGCCUUCCCGCAUCUCGCAGGCCCUGGGCUGCGUCGGGUGCGAGGAGAGCGGACUCCCUGCCACCCUCCCAGUAGUAGCUUUAUCUGGCCCCGUUCCUGCUGCUUCAGGGCCUCCACCGCCGAGGCUCCCGUGGGGCUGCCUGCCCGUGGCUCUGCCUACGGAAGGGGCUUAGUGCAUGUGCCUGCCCCAGCCCUGCUGUUUUCAUUGGAACUGAGAAAGCAGCCUUGACCCUGCCCCGUGGUGCAGGGCCCCGGCCUACUCAGCGCCCCUCAGAGAGCAGGAGCUCCUCUGGAGAGGGAUGUGUGACAGGGCUGGAGAGGGGGCCUCUGGCCGCAGUGGUUUCUAGGUCCCUCUGGUGUCAGUGUGUCUGUCCCCUGGCCUGGACAGUGCGGGCAACUGCCCAGCCCCGUCUCCUCUGGCUCAGUGACCGCAUUAUUUAUGUGGGGCCGUGCGGGCACGGGCCCGCCGCCAUCCGUUUCUCUUAUUUAUUGAACCUUGGCUCUUGCCCUGCCCCCGCCCCGUCUGUUGAGUAAUAAAAGGUGGGAAAGUUGUGUCA